CGAUACUCCCUCACCCGUGCAGUCCUGGCCGACCUCGAGCUCAACACACGCAAAGACAUGUCGAUGUCCCACGACCCCGACACCAAGCACCCGCGGACGCCAAGCCAGGGGUCGAGCUCACGUGGGAACGUGGUGGAUCAUACUGCGCCGAACGUGACCGACGAUCCCCCUAUGAGCAAUGUCGCCAACGGCAAGCGGCCAAUCGCCGAAGGACAUGUCAUCAAGGUGCAGCCGCUGAAGCGUAGCGAGAUGCAGCCUUCGUACGCGCAAGAUAUGGGCACCGCAGAGGUCACCCACGGGGUAUACGGAAGCAUGCUGCAUUCGUUCGGAGUAUGCGUCGGUUUCUGUGGUGCCAUUCCUUGCUGCCCGCUUCCUAAUCCAUUCCGCAAUGUCCAACAAGGAUCCGUCGGUCUUGUGUCACGCUUUGGCCAGUUCUACAAGUCUGUCGACCCUGGCCUCGUCCAGGUCAACGUCUGCACAGAGUCCCUCCGCGUUGUAGAUGUCAAAAUCCAGAUCAGUCCCAUUGGCCGGCAGAAGGUCAUCACCAGAGACAACGUUGAUGUGGAAAUUGACUCUGUCAUCUACUUCCAAAUCAUGAACCCGUACCGCGCAGCCUUCGGCAUCACCGAUCUCCGCCAAGCCCUCAUCGAACGUGCGCAGACGACGCUCCGUCACGUCGUUGGCGCGCGGGCGGUCCAGUCCGUCGUGACCGAGCGCGAGGCGAUCGCGUUCGAGAUCGCCGAGAUCGUGGGCGACGUCGCGGACAAGUGGGGCGUCGCGAUCGAGGGCAUCCUGAUCAAGGACAUCAUCUUCUCGGCGGACGUGUCCGCGUCGCUGUCGUCGGCGGCGCAGCAGAAGCGGAUCGGCGAGUCCAAGGUCAUCGCCGCGCGCGCCGAGGUCGACGCGGCGCGCCUCAUGCGCCAGGCCGCCGACAUCCUCGCGAGCCCCGCCGCGAUGCAGAUCCGCCAGCUCGAGGCGCUCCAGGCGAUGUCGAAGAGCGCGCAGAGCAAGGUCAUCUUCGUUCCCAUGCACCUACAGAGCGACGUCAUUGGCCAGGCCGCGGGCCCCAGCAGCAGCGGCAGCGGCAUGCAAAACGUCAUCGCGAACGAGAGUGGCGAGGGCAUGGGUUCCGCAGGCCGUGCAGGGCUAUUGAACGCAGUCUCUGAUGUUUGAUGAUAUUACCCUCGUCUAACGUAUUGGAUUCCCCUUUAAUGUGCUACGACUUAUCAAUCCAUGUUCGUGUUUGCUUGUACUAGCUGUAUUAGUACUCACUCCUGACUACAUACUGCGAUG